UAGAACAAUAUGUCGUGUCCCUACUAUAUAGGUCUAUGAGCAUACUAGAGAAGUGAGUCUUUAGUGUAUGGACGAAGGAUACAUUUUGCCUGUCAAUCUGGUAAAUGUUGUUUAUUGGAAUUUCCACGGUUACCAUGGCGGCAAUUUUGUAGAUAAUCGGGUUGAUAGUGGUUGCUUAUUAAUGUUGUCAUAAUGAAAUGCGAAUUGUUAUCUGUAUAUUGUUUUAAAGUACCUAUAUUAUACGAUGGAGAAUUUAAAAUUCAGUUAAAUAGCCAAUAAUGCUUUGUCUAAUCCCAUAAUCCGUUUGUCGGAAUGUGUCAUUUAAAUGACUGCAAAUAAUUUCACAAGAAUGAUCUAAAUUUUGUUCGAUCGAAGAAUAAUUUUUCGUUUAAACGAUGAAUUGUAAUAAUACAGAGCAAAAUGGACGAGAUAUCGUUUGUAAAACUCACACUUCGAGAUCUGAGAGAGAACUCUACAGAACAUGCCCGACAAAGUUAAGUAAGCGAGAGUUGGAAGAUCUUUACUUUGCCCUUGUCGACAAUAACAUGAGCUUGAAGAAAACUGUCAAUGAACAGCGGGACACCAUCAAAAUAUUGAACACAAAAGUUCAAAGGCUGUCAACAGCUCGAAAAAAUAUAUAUGGCAAGGAACAAAAUGAUUGUUGUCGGUCUGUUAAAGUGAUGGUCAACGAGCAGAAGGAACUAAUCGUUGAGUUAAAAAGAGAAAAUACCAGAUUGUGUGAAAGGGUUCGCCUUUUAAACAUGAGGCUGUGUUCAGCUAAACAGUUUACUAAGAGAAGUCCGCUACAAGCUCGCUGUACAAGAUGUUCUGUGAUUCCUACUAAUUCUUUGAAAAAUGCAUCAACUAGUGCUUUGUGUCUAAAGAUAAGUGAUACAAAUUUAAAAUCUGCUGCCGUAUCAUGUAUAAAUACACCGAAUGAGUCAGCCCAUUCCAACAGCACUGUGGAUACCGAAGAUGAGGUACCGGAAAAAGUUGACCGUCCGGAACAACAGUGCAACGACAAUAGAUGCCGGACGUUGAUUGAAGAACUAGAGCAGAGAAUCGUUCGUUUGGAUAAGGAAGUAUCCGCUGCACGCGAAGACUACGCGAUACGCAUCAGCAGCUUGGAGACGGAGGGGCGGGGCGCGCGGGAGGAGGGCGCCCGCCUGCUGCAGGCCGCCUGCCGAGCCGCGGAGGCCCACAGCCGCGAGCUGACGCUGCAGCUGUCGGUAGAGAGGAGGAGGGUCGCUGAGCUGGAGACGCGCGUGCGGGCCGCCCGCCGCGCCGGCCAGCUCGCCGACUGCAUACAGGACCACCUGGCCACCAUCUAUGAGAAUAGACAAGAGUUGUUAAAACAAACCCUCGAUAGGUUCCAAUCUCCGCGCCUGAUCCUCGAACCUGCAGACCCGCCAUCGACACUGGAAGCACAGUCACCCCCCACCGGACCCUGCGAACUGACGGGCAAGGACGAAGGAAAGCCCUGGGAGGGAGCAGACGACUCUGGCUACGUGGAUGCGAACAGGAGUAAUGACAGUGUCGAUGAUAAGCCGCUGAACAAACUCAAUCAAGAGCUGAUGAAGAAGAUAAUAGACCUGCAAACUGAGUUGGACGGAGUCAGGAUAUCCGCAGUGAGUCCCACUGUCAACAUGGCGACUAAGAAAGAGGAUCGAUCACCGUCACCGGCCUGUACAGAUAAUCAAAUUGAGAACCAAUCAAAGGGGCAGACAAUUGAAUAUGAACCUUAUCGUCAAGAUCGACUCGCCGACCCAACUCCGCGAAAUGAAAACGUGUACAUAGAUACGAACAGCGAUAAACCGAACAAGAACGGCCGCGGUCACUCGCACAUACCGAGACUGAUCUGUUCCGUCGCGGGGGCUGGUGGCUCUCUCGACAACCGUGGCGCUGUCCAACCUCAACUGACCUCAUCGACCUCAUCUGGGCACAGACCGGCGAUAGAGAGAAUAGCAGAGGAUUAUACAGAAGUAAAUAGUCUUCAACAAGCAGAAGGAGGUGAAGACCAGGACAACAUUACGAAAACUAGUUUUGAUGGUAACACGUACUCUAUAAGCGACGAUGCACUCAUGGAUGAAGCUGGUGCGAAUCGUAAAAGUUUGCCAAAAGCUCAUCAUAACAUUAAAGAUACUAAUGAAAGUCCACUCGAUGGAGACAGUAGCCGCGAUCGGAGCAAGGGUGCUGCGCCUAACAUUGUACUGAGAAAGCGAAAUCUAACACAAGAAAAUAAAGGAGAUGAGAUAUUUGGUGGAACAUCACCCCAGAAGCAACUCAUAGAGGAACGAGCUGGUCUCCGGACACCAGGAGAGAGUCCUCGCACGUACAGCGUGCACCACUCUUCAGCGAAGCACCACACUUACUCAGUGGACCACGACACCGACUGCGAGAUAUCCGACCUCACGGACCUGCCCACAGAGGGAGACGACAAGAGUUCUCGUCUCACGCUGUCUCCGGGUGAAGAGCCGCCGCAGAACUGGCCGGGAGGGUCGAGCGCCGCGCCCCCCACCCCCUCCUCCGUGAGCGAAGGGGAACUGCCCACUUGUGACGUCAGGAGGAAGUUAUCGGAAGGCGAGAAACCUAUUUAUGAGCCAGCCGAAGGAACGUCACCGCAGAGAAUGGAAGCGACGUUGAGUGCGAUCGGCGCCGAGCUGGCCCUCUGUCGGCGGCUGCGGGGCGCCGCGCCACCCGCCCGCGCGCCGCCACCACCGCGCCUGCGCACUGGAGCACCACUGGUCGGUGACUGGACGCGAAGUACUCCAGUCCAUAGAUAAAUAAUAAAUAAUAAUAAUAAAGCCAUUUAAUCCAAAUCUCACUCUCGAUUGAUAAACACAAUGUUUGUUAGUAAGUUGUAGCUUAACAUUAAAAAGGUUACUUAUACUUAAUUAAUUAUUUAAUAUUAGUACUGUUUAUGAGAUUUGGACCCUUAUUUGGGUAAAGGGUAAAGGUCCAUAGAUAAUACACAUAAAUUAGUUACAGAUAAGCAACCCAAGCACUCAACAAAAAUGUUUACGGGUGUGGGCCGCUAGAUGGCUUCGCUUCGAUUAGUUUCUCAUUGCUCCUGUAGAUGGCAGUAACAUAUUACGUAUCUUAUACUUUAGUGAAUUUUCAAAAUUCACAAAUUGAUAAAAUUUAAUCAAUUUGUCUAUAACAAAUAAAGACUUGUAUGAUUUAUUUUUUUCUGUGUUUACUUAAUACAAUAGUUAAAUGCCUUAAUUUUAACGACAUGUAAGCUUAGGGGCAUCCACUACAAGAUGUCGCUAGUUUCUAUUCUAGUACUAUUCCAAAUAUAAAUAUUAGUUUUUGUAAACUACCGCCAUUUUUGUACGAUAAAAUAUAUAUGUUUAAAUAUAGUCUUAAGUAUAAAUUUAAUAAUAGAGACGAAUAAUUGUUCCUAAGAUUAAACAUAAUCUAGCUCAGUUACAUAUAUCCAAUGUUCUAGUUUUAAUCUUUUAUUACGUUAUUUUUUAUUUUGAAGAUACACAAUUGUUUCCUUUUCAGUUGUAAUUUGAAAAUAAAUUUAAAGAUAUGCGGAAAA